UUGUUCCAAAUUGAAACAAACUUGCUGUCGUUGCUGUCCCAUGUGCUCAGCUCAAAAGUUGAUUUUGCUGCAAAACUAAAAAUUAUCUAUUUUGCUUUUUUAAAAGACCGAAAUCGUGAAAAGUAACAUUUAACUAUGGCACGGCGGCCGGAGCAUUUGGCUCCACCGGAAAUCUUCUACAACGAAGAAGAAGCUCGAAAGUAUACGAACAACACCCGUAUCAUCGAUAUUCAGGUAGAAAUGUGUGAACGAGCCAUCGAGUUGCUGGUCUUGCCGGAAGAUGAAAACCAUCUUAUUCUGGACAUUGGCUGUGGUUCCGGUCUGUCGGGUGAGGUGUUGGAAGAGCAAGGUCAUGCCUGGAUUGGUGUGGAUAUAUCUAAAGCGAUGUUGGAUGUUGCGUUGGAACGGGAAGUCGAAGGUGACUUAAUACUUGGCGAUAUGGGUCAGGGAAUGCCGUUCAAAGCUGGCACCUUCGAUGGCGCCGUUUCGAUAUCAGCCCUGCAGUGGCUCUGCAACGCAGACAAAAAAUCACACGUGCCCUCCAAACGGUUGUACCAGUUUUUCAGCACACUAUUUUCGUGUUUGACUCGUAACGCCAGAGCUGUGUUUCAGUUUUACCCGGAAAACUCUGAACAAAUUGAACUAGUUACAAGCCAAGCAAUGAAGGCUGGUUUCUAUGGAGGUCUUGUAGUGGAUUAUCCGAAUUCAUCCAAGGCCAAAAAAUAUUUCCUAGUGCUGAUGACCGGAGGUGUAGCCAAGCUUCCAACAGCACUGGGCACUGAAGAGAGCUCGGACCAAGUUAGUUACAGUCGGAAGCGAGAUUUUGCCAAAAAUGCUCGAGGAAAACCGCUGAAGAAAUCUCGUGAAUGGGUUCUGCAGAAAAAGGAACGCCGAAGGCAGCAAGGAAACGACACCCGUAAAGAUUCUAGGUACACGGCGAGGAAACGUAGCGGAAGAUUCUAAG